CGACUGCAGUAUCUUCUUUCCACCACCAGGUCGCUGUCAUUCUGCAGACAAAGAUGGCGGUGCGGAAGAAAGACGGCGGCCCGAACGUAAAAUAUUUCGAAACGUCUGAUACCGUCUCGCAAUUCGACAAUGUCCGCGUUUGGUUGGGCAAGAAUUAUAAAAAGUACAUCCAGGCAGAGCCCCCCACCAACAAGUCUCUGUCCAGCCUGGUGGUCCAGCUACUGCAGUUUCAGGAGGAGGUGUUCGGACGACAUGUCAGCAACCCACCUCUCACCAGGCUGCCGAUGAAGAGUUUCCUGGACUUUAAGUCUGGUGGGGCUCUCUGCCACAUUCUGGCAGCAGCCUACAAGUUCAAGAGUGAUCAGGGCUGGCGCAGGUUUGACUUUCAGAAUCCUUCUCGGAUGGACCGCAAUGUGGAGAUGUUCAUGACUAUCGAGAAAUCCCUGGUACAGAACAACUGUCUGAGUCGACCAGUGAUCUACCUGAGCUCUGACAUUGAGGCCAAGCUGCUGGGGAAACUGAAGGACAUAAUCAAGAGGCACCAGGGCUCAGUGACUGAAGACAAGACAUGCAGCUCCCAUGUGGUGGUUCCUAUCCCUGCCAGUCUUGAGGAGGAGGAGUGGGUGCGUCCGGUGAUGAAGAGAGACAAGCAGGUGCUGCUCCACUGGGGAUAUUCUCCUGACAGCUAUGACACCUGGAUCUUAGCCAGUGAGGUGGAGGCAGCUGUUGAAGAUCCGCCCAGCCCAGAGAAACCCAGGAAGGUCCAUGCCAAGUGGAUCCUGGACCUGGACCAGUUUAAUGAGUGGAUGAAUGAGGAGGACUAUGAGGUCGGAGAGGGGGGCCCCAAGAGGAAGAGRAUCUCAGCCAAGACCCUGACGGACGAGGUGACCACCCCAGGGGACGAGCGCCGGGAUAAGAAGCCCGGAAGCGCCAAGAAGAGGAAGCGCUCCCCCUCCCCCUCGCCCACUCCACCAUCCCAGGAGAGCAAGAAGAAGAACACCAAGAAAGGGCCCACCACCCCGUACACUAAGUCUAAGCGAGGCCAGAGAGAGGAGGAGCCGGAGGAUCUGACUAAAGAUCUGGAUGAACCAUCACCUGUACCUGCUGUAGAGGAGAUCACCCUACCUAAGACAGCCAACACUAAGAAAGACUCUGAGUUGACACCAGUGAAAGGAGGUACCAUGACAGACCUGGAUGAGCAAGAGGAUGAAUCCAUGGAAACUGCAGAAAAGGAGGAGGAGGAGGGCUCUCCGAGUGUGAAAGGAGAGCCGGUGAAAGGGUUGGACCUCCAUGAGGACAACGUGACUGAGCAGACCCACCACAUCAUCAUUCCCAGCUACGCUGCAUGGUUUGACUACAACAGUGUCCAUGCUAUUGAGCGCAGAGCCCUUCCAGAGUUUUUCAAUGGCAAGAACAAAUCCAAAACCCCUGAGAUUUACCUGGCCUACAGGAACUUCAUGAUUGACACGUACAGGCUGAACCCGCAGGAGUACCUCACCUCCACCGCCUGUCGUAGGAACCUGGCCGGAGACGUGUGCGCCAUCAUGAGGGUGCAUGCAUUCCUGGAGCAGUGGGGUCUGAUCAACUACCAGGUGGACUCAGAGAGCCGGCCCACCCCCAUGGGCCCCCCGCCCACCUCCCACUUCCACGUCCUGGCUGACACCCCCUCCAGCCUGGUGCCCCUGCAGCCCAAGGCCUCCCAGGUACACAGACACACACAGACAGGUUGUUUCUAUAUUUUGGUUCUAGAUGCCUCUAUUUGACUGUAGCUUCACUCCACUUCUCUCUGUCCCCUCUAGACUCCGGCGGCCCAGCAGAUUCUGUCCUUCCCAGACAAGGUGAAGGAGAAGCAGCCAGCCGACCUGCAGAACUUUGGCCUGAGGACAGACAUGUACAGCAAGAAGACUGGGCCUCCUAAGAGUAAGACUGCUGCCAAUGCCAUGCGAGACUGGACCGAACAGGAGACACUACUGCUGCUAGAGGGUCUGGAGAUGUACAAGGAUGACUGGAACAAGGUGUCAGAGCACGUGGGCUCACGUACCCAGGACGAGUGUAUCCUGCACUUCCUGCGUCUGCCCAUYGAGGACCCAUACCUGGAGGACAUGUCCUCGUCCCUGGGCCCCCUGGCCUACCAGCCCGUCCCCUUCAGCCAGGCAGGCAACCCCGUCAUGAGCACCGUGGCCUUCCUGGCCUCCGUGGUGGACCCCCGCGUGGCCUCCGCAGCCGCCAAGUCUGCCCUGGAGGAGUUUUCGCGUAUGAAGGAGGAGGUCCCAGCAGCACUGGUGGAGGCCCAUGUGAGGAGGGUGGAAGAGGCGGCGCGGACCAGUGGCAGACAGGACCCCCUCUACGGCCUGGAGGGCAGCGGCAUCGCAGGCACCAGCCUGGAGGAGGGAGAAAAACCUGAAGAGAGCAGUGAGGAGAGUAAAAGUGACAGCCAAUCCAGUGAGGAGAAGAGGGAGACCAAGGAGAACAAAGAGGGAGCCAUGGAAGAGGGGGAGAAGAAAGGAGAAAAUGGGAAGAAGGAGGAGGAGAGAGGGAGAGAGGGAGAAGGAGAGGGAGAGCAAGAAGCUGAGAAGACAGACUCGGAGAUGGGUGAUGGAGAGAAGGAGAAGGAAGGGAAGGAGGGCUUGGAGGAGGGCCAGAGAGAAGGAGAGAGUGAGGGAGAGAGGAAGGCUAAGGUGGAGCGGGAUGUGGGAGAGGGGAACCUGGCUACCGCUGCUGCCUCUGCCCUGGCUGCUGCUGCCGUCAAAGCCAAGCACCUGGCUGCGGUGGAGGAGAGGAAGAUCAAGUCUCUGGUGGCUCUGCUGGUGGAGACUCAGAUGAAGAAGCUGGAGAUCAAACUGAGACACUUUGAAGAGCUGGAGACUAUCAUGGACCGAGAGAGGGAGGCUUUGGAGUACCAGAGGCAGCAGCUGCUGGCAGACCGUCAGUCGUUCCACAUGGAGCAGUUGAAGUAUGCAGAGAUGAGGGCGCGUCAGCAGCACUUCCAACAGAUCCAGCACCAGCAGCAUAGCCAGACUGGAGGCCCACACCCCGCCCCGGCCCCCACGGGCCCCCCACCCCAGGGCCCCUCAGCCACCCAGUCCCAGCCAACCCUCAGUACCCCUGCACCACAGCCAGCUCCCAGCCCAGCACCCCUUACCACCUCCAUCCCUUCCUCUGCCCAGCCCACUGAGCCCCAGCCGCCCCCCAGUGGUCCUCACACCUCACCUCCCCGCCCGCCAGGCCACUCCAGCACCAACACCACCCCAACACUCCACGAGUCCAGCGCCCCUGGGGAUACACUCCACUCCUCAACCGCUGCUCCCACUCCACAGUGAAAAGAGAGAAAGAAAGAGAGAGAGGUAGGGAGAGGAGGGAAAAGAGAGAGGGAAGAUGAGAGAGAGACAGGAAAAAGGUCUUGGCAAACUGAAUGACAUUGACCACUUUGUACCUAUGAAUUCUGCCUGUAUCAUCUGAAAAUUAAGAAGUCAAACUGAAGGAGAUACAACAAACUUUGAUAAUUUUUAACAUUUGGACUGGACGAUUGACAUGAGAAAGAAAAACAAAAGAAAAACAUUCCAUACCGGAAUUAAUAUUAGGUGGAAACAACCCCCUCAAAAUGACUCCCAACUAAAAAGAAAAUGCCAAUGAAGAGUUUUCAAACGAACAGUCCCCUCGUCAUUUUUACAGACAUAAGUUGCUUAAUUACUUUCACCCUUCACAUCAGACCCAAGGUUAAACCAAGAGAGUAUUGUCAUGUAAAUACGUCACCUGACCUGAGGAUAUGAAGAGAACUAAAGGACUCUUGUCUUAGCAGUCCUCUGAAGAGUGGUGCUUUUGUUUUCUUCUAUAGUGUAUUGAGGGUCAGAUGUUCCCAGCCAUGUUCCCAGACGUACCUACCUACCUAUUCUCCCAAGGUACCCUAGUAGGUACUUACAAUUUAAAGAAGAUUAAAAAAAAGAUUUGUACUUUGAAAAUAUGUUUCUUCGGCGGCCAUAUCUGAAGACAAAUCAUUAUUAACUAAGGGCUCUAUUCAAUCAGAUCCGCUUUAGACAACAUCCGCAAAGCUGUUGUUGUGGCUGUGUCAGAGGUGGAACUGCUUUAGAGCUGUCAAAUACCACAAGCGGCUCCUGGCAUUACACCUAAAGCGUACAUUGCUAUUGGCUGCAUGAAGUAGCAUUAAGGGCUUUAUUCAAUCCGCAUCGCGGAAGUUCAGCUUUACACCRUGAUUGAAAUUUAAAGGCARUGUUCCCGCAUUAGCAGAGACUGUGUUCACGGUAAACGCUGCAUACUGUAUGUCGGCUCAAUCGGAAAAUACCAUUACAUUUCUAUCCUGGAAUCUGUAACGCUUUACAGAUUGAAUAGAGCCCUACAAGAAUACCAUGCAGCCUUGUUUAUAAGUUUGAAUACUGGAAUGUGUGAUGUAUUCUACAACUCGAUUAGGCUGAUAGAAAUCCUCAUUAUUUAGUUGAAUGAUUUUCAAUUUGAGCGUCAUUAUUUCUAUAUAGCCUACAUUUUCUCGUUCUGAACUUCUAACGUGAGACGGGUAUGGCUACAUGAUAAUGAUCAAGAGCAGCUGCUCACCGAUUUGACAGUUCCACCUCGAACACCGCCAAAACAUCAGCUAUGUGGGUGUCGGCUAUCGCCGGUUAACGCUUGAUCUGAUUGAAUCUAGGCCUAAAUUGACCUGAAACACAUAACUGUUUUCUUGUUUUUAACUUUUACUAGGAUGUCAUAGUUUCCAAAUAUGAGAUCAUCAAUUGAACAAGUCACUGUAUUUCAUUGGAUUGUUUGCUUGUUGUCCUAUGUUAGUGAAUGUGGCGUUAUAGAGCUUUGGGGUUGGCCUGUUGGUUAGAUGUAUCCUAACCUAAAAAGUAUGUGUGAGGGCAAUGAAAACRAAUGGUAUUACUCUUUGUAAUAAUAUCUGUUCCACUUGAAAACUGUCUCAUCUUGCCCUACUGCCAUUUUAGUUAGUAAGACUAUGUACUGUUAACUGGAUUUUCUGUUUACAAUGCUGACAAAUGAUUCACUCCAAUUUGAAGAGACAAAAUCCCUAUAUGACUGAGCAUUAGAAACCACUUAAAGUAUUGAUGAAGGGAAACAUACUCCCAGAGUCACAGUGCCCCCGAGGACCCACAAGGACCAGGUCACAAUGUCCUAAAAGUCCUCAUUUUAAAGGGACAGUGCAGUCAAAAACUUUAUUUUCUCUGUGUUUUAUAUAUGUUUCCACACUAUGAGGUUGGAAUAAUGCUGUAAAAUUGUGAACAUUAUGAUAAUGCCCUUUAGUGUAAGAGCUGUUUGAAAAUUUCAGCUUGUUUUGCAAGGGUGGGGUUUUGGACUACAUGGCAACAUCACCAGGCGGUUUAAAUUAAUAGACCAAUAACAAAGAGAGUUUGCCUUCCUCUCUGCCAACAAUAGCUAGUUUUCAGGUUACAUGUCCCUCCCAUUAGGCUCCUCCAAUUAGUCCCCUCACUCAGACCACUUCGCCAGUCC